AGCAUCAGGAGCGAACGAAGCACGUACACGUACAUGAAUCCACGCUGGUUUCGAGAGUACGCAUUGGCCGAAUGUUCAUAUCACGCGGCCAGUCUCGCAGAUCGAAGGGCCGCGUUCAUGUACGUAGCUGGGCGCAAACGUCCUUUGUGCGCUCCCUAAAAUAUCGGCGCCUUCGCUCCCCGAGUCCAAGCGCCGCGGGAGAAGCGGGGCCCGGAUGUCCGCGGGCAGGUGGCAGAUUCCGGCGACGUUUCUGGCGGCGGCGGCGGCAGUGCGCUCCUCCUCCACACGUCGCCUCUCGUUCCUCGGCCUACGGCUUCCCCGCGGAGGUCGUCGUCUACCCGAACCAGAAGUUGAAGCCGCCAGUCGGCGAAGGCCUGAACAGGCCCGCCAGCAUCGUCCUGUACGGCUGCGUCGCGAAGACGCACGGCUUCAAGGACGAGAAGUCGCGGGAGCGCUACAAGCGGCGCGUCCGGCAGAUGACGGAGGACAAGGGCGCCGAGUUCGUCAGCUACGACUGCGACAGGGGCGUCUGGGAGUUCCGCGUGGCCCACUUCUGAAGCGCGCGGCGCUCCGCCCGAUGAUGCACGCACGCUCCGCGCGUCCU